GCCGUGACCCCGCUGCUCGGGCGGAAGCGUCGCAGAUGUUCCGCAGUUUGAUCUCCGCAGUUUGACCGGAUGUGGCGCAGCGGACGCUAGCGCAGCGGCAGCGGCAGCAGGAGGACUUUCUCCGGAGUUUCCCCGGAAGCGGCGGCGACUCCGGUGCUUGUUCUGUGUUUAGCUGGAGCGAAGCUAACAGGCUAGCUAACUUCGGCUAACUGCAGCUAACAGAGUGAAACCGAAACCGAACGAGCUCCAGCAGCAGCUUGACCCCUCCUCGCCAUGGACUCCUGAAGUCCUCCGGUCCAGCGACUUGUCCGGUUGCUCUGGACCCGAGGUCGCUGAUCAGCCUACAUCCUGUCUGAGGUCCCGGGUGAGAGGGAGCGAUCAGAUGGGGAACAGCUGCUGUCGCAAUGAGAGUCCCUGUGGCAGCGCGGAGGAAAGAAGUGUUCUGCUGAAGAAUGAUUCCAAGGCCACGGUGCCGGCGGGUGGAGCGUCGGAGGAGGGCACCUGUGGUCCUGAUGGAGACGAUGACAUGAGGAAAACCCAUGAGGAGGCUGAUAUAAAGGUGGAGGAGAAGUCCGAGCUCGUGCUGGUGAAGCAAAGUCCUGAGAACGGAAAGACGGAGCCCAAUAACACUCAGGAGAACGGACCCUUGAAGACGGAGAUCAUCCAGACUGCGACUCCUUCCACUAUAUGCAAAGGGGUUGAACUCGAAAAAAACUCCACAAGAGCACAAGAUGAGGUCGUGAAGGAACCUUCGGAUGACGGCGAACAAGCUGAACCUCUGGAAAGCACUUUAGACUCCGAGCAGAAAGUCAACCCUGCAGCUGACUGGGAGGUUUUUACAGAAACAAAUGCGGAGCCAGAAGAAGAAACCCCAGCCUCGGUGCAGGACGAAGCCCCAGAUGGUAUUUUACUAACAGCCCAGUCCGUCAGCGCUGAAAAGCCUCCAGCGCCUCCUGAGACGACCUCAAACACAGAGCACCUGACAGAGCUCACUUCUCACCAGGAUGAGGGAGAAGCCGGCUCCAGGGUUAUGUUUGACGAAGCUGUAAACGAGCCAUCGGGGGAGUUAUCAGCAAAUAGUGAAGUCUCGGUGCCAAACACUGAGCCGGCUGCUGGUCAGGUGAUGCCCGUCUCUGUGGUCAGUGAGGAGGCCGAUGGAGAGGCUCCCAGCUGUGCUGUGACGGAGGAUUCAGAAGAUAGUGGUUCUUCCGUGUUAGAGCAGGUCGGUCCUGAAGCGAUAGAAAGCCACGAUGUGUCUGAGUCGUCUCUUGGAUCGGGACGCGACCACAGCGGUGAGGAGAGAGACUCUGUCAACUCCCUCGGGGAGUCAGAGACCGCAGCUCCGGCAGAAGCCAGCAAGAGCUCGAAGGCCGAUCAGAGUGUCCAACCAGACUCUGAGUGUUCGGACACGAACCUGAAGGACGUCUCUUCCUUGGAGAAAGACAAACAAGAUACUGUGGAGGAAACGAAGCUGGAAGAGCAGGAUAAAGAUGAAAAUGUUGCCAAAAUGAAGGAUGAUGAAGCGAAGGAAGAGGAAAAGGAGGAGAAGGAGGUGGAGGAGAACGCUCCAUCUGAGACUCAGGUUGCGAAGGAUUCUGAGAUGCAGGAAGUAACUGUGAAAGAGGAGCAGCUGGCAGGAAGUACAGCCACUGAUGUCCAGGUUGAAGUUGAGACAAUCCCGGAGAAGGAAGAGUCUGAUGAAGCUCACCUGCAGGACAGUGAAGAAGACCUGUACAGAGCAGCGGAGGAACUCCCAGAGUCUCAACACGAUGAACCAGGCCCAACAUCUGUGUUUGAAACAACAAUUGUAAAGGUGGAGGACAGAUGCAGUUUGGCCCCGGCCGUGGACAUUCUGUCGUACAGCGAGAGGGAGUGGAAAGGAAAUACUGCCAAAAGUGUUCUCAUUAGAAAGGGUUAUAAAGAGAUGUCCCAGAGGUUCAGCAGCUUGAGGAGAGUGAGGGGGGACAACUACUGUGCACUAAGAGCCACGCUGUUCCAGGUUCUGUCUCACAGCACCCAGCUUCCUGCGUGGCUGCAGGAGGACGACGCUACCAUGCUGCCGGAGCAUCUGGAGACACAGGAAGGUCUCAUAAGUCAGUGGACGUUUCCCGACCUGUGCCUGCGGGGAGACGGGACAGGAGACGUCACCCAGCAGCUCAAAAGCUACAUGGAGCUUCUCCGAAAUAAGUGGCAGGCGGCCGUGGACUGCUCCUCCGAUGCCGAGCGGCAUCAGCUGUGCGAGCGAGUGUUCCAGGGCGGAGAGGAGGAGCUCGGGCUGCUGGAGGCGCUCAAGCUGCUGAUGCUGGGCAGAGCAGUGGAGCUGCACGGCUGCAUGCAGGCCGGAGGAGAUGUUCCACUCUUCUGCUGGCUGCUGUUCGCACGCGACUCGUCCGACUGCCCACGCUCCUUCCUCUGCAACCACCUCAGCCACGUGGGCCUCGGGGCCGGGCUGGAGCAGGUGGAGAUGUUCCUGCUGGGCUACGCCUUGCACUGCACCCUUCAAGUUUACAGACUGUACAAGGCCGACACGGAGGAGUUCGUCACCUACUACCCGGACGACCACAAGGACGACUGGCCGUCGGUGUGCCUCGUCACCGAGGACGACCGCCACUACAACGUCCCGGUGAUGGAAGCUGCAGAGCUCCACGAGGAGCUCGACUCCAGCUGAUCCGCUGCAGAACAAAGUCUCCUGCCAUAAAAACAAAACACUCCUCAGGUUGAUCAAGAAGAAUAGAUUUACACCAAUUAAAAGAAUAGUUCAACAUUUUAGGGAAGAUGCUCAUUGGUCUGCUCAGACUUGAUGUGAAGAUGCUAUCACCCUGGGUUCCUGCACGGCAGCCGACCCACAGAUUUAGCCGAGAUAAGGGAGAAAAGAAUCCUGGUGCAGGUUUAUAAAGGAAUUGGGAAUGAUUCAUAAGAUGUCGUAAAUAAACUCUUAUGACAAAGAGAUGUAACUUGAUAUUUUACAGUUCAACUAUUAACUUUGAGAACUGUAAAUAAAAAGAAAAAACAAAUACAUAAAGCUUGACUUAAUAAAAUACUGUCCUGUUUCCAGUCUUUAUGCUAAGAUGAGCUAACAAGCUGCAGGCUGUUCUGUCAUGUAUGCAGAAUAUGAUAUUCAUCUUCUCAUCCAUCUCUGUGAGAAAGCAAAUAAGCCACUUUCCUAAAAUGUUGGAGACAUUUUUUAAAAAGAAAUAUGCUGAUCGAGACCCUGUACAAGUUGUGGUUUACACACAUUUGUACACACUGUACUGUAUACAGAGUUUUCUAUUUGAGUACAUGUACAUACAGUAAAUUUGUUUUGCUUUGUUUUGAAGGAGAAAAAUAUGUUUCUGAGCAGCCUCCUUGAAAUCCUGAUCAAAACACAGUUGAGCCGUCGACGGCACCAGAUCAUCAGAUGUUUGGUGUUUACACUGGAAUUUGGGCACUUUGAGUUGUGUGUUUAUUUAUUGUUUUUCAUUUUGUAGUAAAAAUGCGUUUGAAAUGAUCUAUGACAGUCAGAAGUGAAACAGCUGAAUUAGUCUGAGAGGAGUUGGAUGAUUUAUCAGGUUUACACCAGAUGGUAUCACAGGACUCUGAAGAUGAAUCAGCCUCUGUGUCAGAGGUGUGAUGUGUGUGUACGUCUGCGAGUGUGUGUGUCAAACUCGAUGUGUAACAUGCUGCCUUUAACCAAGCUGUUCUGAAGGGACAAGAAAAAAAUGUGCCAAUGUUGCUUCAGACGCUGGCAUCAGUCCAAACCACCAGCCACUGGAUUCAGUAGACAAGGCUCGCUUGGUCCUCCAUGUUGCCUUAGAAAUAAUGCACAAUAAGAAUGAAUGUUGGGUGUCAGUGAUGACUCGAGGCCGUUUCCCUGCCCUGGUCUCAGAGCCGGUGCAGGUGAUGAGUCAACAGUAAAACAGUGAUUAUGCCAAUCUGCAGGAACGAUCUCGCACUGUAAUACUUUUGGAUGGCAUUUAAAAAUAAAAUGGGAGUACAAUUUUUGCAAAA